AUGGUUCCCGGGGCCACAAACAAGCUGGAAGACAAAAAUGUGGUUUCUGAUUCUGGCAGUGAUUCGGACGACUCUGCACCAGAAUUAGAAGAUUCUAAAGAACAAAGUGAUGCUAAAGUAUCACAUUUAGCCGAUGAAUUACUCAGUCGAUGUAAGCAGUCCAGAAGCGAGAAAAAAGCUAGGAAAGCUAUGUCGAAACUGGGUUUAAAAUUGGUACAGGGAGUUUGCCGCGUAACUAUACGAAAAGCAAAAACCAUUAUGUUUGUAAUCAAUAGGGCAGAGGUCUAUAAAUCAUCUGCCUCGGAUACAUACAUAAUAUUUGGUGAGGCUAAAGUAGAAGAUAUAUCAGCACAAGCUCAGAUAGCUGCAGCUGAAAAACUACGUAGUCAGGCCAUGGGAGGUACUGAGUUAGGGACAUCAAGUGGCCUAUCAAAAGAUGCAGUUUCGUCUAUCUCUAAAACUGCCAUCGCAGAGGAAUCUGAAGAUGAUGAAGAGCCUGAUGCUACUGGAUUGGAUGAGAAAGAUGUUGAACUCAUUAUGCAGCAAGCUGGUGUAUCGCGUGGCAAAGCUAUUCGAGCGCUUCGUGAAAAUAACGAUGAUGUUGUCAAUGCUAUUAUGUCACUCACAGGAUAA